CUUUUUUAUUUCCUUUUGCUUUCUUUCUUGCUUUUUCUUAUUUUGAUAUUUUAUAUAUCUCUGUCUAUCUAAAAUGCUCUCGGCAAUCACUCGCGCUAACGUCAAGCCCACCCGUCUCGCCCAGCGCGCACUUGUCUCUACCUGGACCAACGUCCCUCAGGGUCCCCCUGAUGCUAUCUUGGGUGUUACCGAGGCUUUUAAGAAGAACACCAAUGUCAAGAAGAUGAACUUGGGUGUCGGUGCUUACCGUGAUGAUGCUGGUAAGCCCUACGUCCUCUCCUCCGUCAAGAAGGCCGAGCACAAGUUGAUUAACAGCAACAUGGACAAGGAGUACGCUGGUAUCAUGGGUCUCCCCGAUUUCACUGCUGCUGCCGGUCGUCUCGCUUAUGGUGACAACAGCCCAGCCAUCACCGAGAACAAGUUGGCCAUCACCCAGUCUAUCUCCGGUACUGGUGCCCUCCGUAUUGGUGCUGCUUUCCUUAGCAAGUUCUACCCUCACUCCAAGAACAUUUUGGUCCCUAACCCUACCUGGGGUAACCAUAUCCCCAUCAUGGAGCACAGCGGUUUGACUCUUGAGAAGUACUCUUACUUUGACAAGCAGACCAACGGUCUCAACAUCGAUGGCAUGCUCGAAGACUUCCACAAAGCUCCCAAGAACACCAUCCUCCUCCUCCACGCCUGUGCCCACAACCCCACCGGUGUCGAUCCUACUCCCGCUCAGUGGGACGAGAUCUCAAAGGUAGUCAAGGAGCGCGAUCACUUUGUGUUCUUCGAUAUGGCCUACCAGGGUUUCGCUUCCGGUGACUGCAACCGUGACGCUUACGCUCUGCGCAAGUUCGUCGAUGAGGGCCACUCCGUUGUCUUGGCUCAGUCCUUUGCCAAGAACAUGGGUCUCUACGGUGAGCGUGUCGGCUCCUUCUCGGUUGUCUGCGCCGAUCAGGAAGAGCGUGCUCGCGUCGAGUCUCAGCUGAAGAUCAUCAUCCGCCCCAUGUACUCCAACCCCCCUAUCCACGGUGCCCGUCUCGUCAGCACUGUUCUCAACACCCCCGAGCUCAAGGAGGAGUGGCUCGGCGAAGUCAAGGUCAUGGCUGACCGUAUCAUUACCAUGCGCAACAAGCUCCGUGGUCACCUUGAGAACGACUUUGGCUCCAAGAAGAACUGGAACCACAUCACAAACCAGAUCGGCAUGUUCUGCUACUCUGGCAUGACCCCUGAGCAGGUCGACAAGAUCAAGGAGGACUGGCACAUCUACCUCACUCGCGAUGGUCGUAUCUCCAUGGCUGGUAUCUCGUCCGACAACGUAAAGUACCUUGCUGAGGCCAUCCACGACGUCACCAAAGAUUAAAUAAAUAUAUAUAUAUAUAUAUAUAUACGUGUAUGUAUGUAUGUGCGCGCACGCGUGUAUAUAUGUGUGUACAAGUGUGGGCAAGUGUAACAUUGCAAAAGGUGGGGUAAUUUUUAGGCUUCCUGUUUUCUGAUUCGACCCUUUGGGUUAGGUCAAACACACGCACACAAAAAAAACAAAAAACAAAAAAAAAUGAGGGGAAUCCCUGUGUGUGUGUGUGUGUGUGUGUGUAAGUUUGUGGGUGGGAGGAUAUUGAUGCGAAGUUUUAUCAUAUGCUUCACGUGAAUUCUUAGACCUUCUUACUAAAUCACCAACGCACGCAUCCACAUUCAUUCAUUCAUUCACUCACUCAUUCAAACAUCCACCAAUUCUCUAUAUGCACUUGCCCAUGUGUAUGCACUUUCUUUUGUUUCUCCAUUAAAAUUCAAAAUUCAAAAUAUCCCUUUUCCUUUACUUCUCUUCCCUACUCUCAUACUUUAUAUUUUUAUAUAAAAAUCUCAACUUGCAUUCAC